CUGACUUACCAAUUGCGUUCGGAAAUAUCGAGUAAAGUCAUUGGGUUGUACUCUAGAGUAACUUUUUCAACCUCUGAAUUUUCAGAGGUUAACAGAGUAAAUCCCACUAUUUUAGCGGGAAGUAAUAUGGACAGGAUGGAACAAAACGAAGGAUGGACAUCAACGAAAGAUGCUACUACCGUAGCAUCUCUCGUUGAUCCAAUUGUGGGUCGUCACGUUCCAUAUCGUUUGGAAAAUGGAGAUCUAAUUAUUGAAAAUAAUAUUCUCCUAUUAAUCGAUCAAUUCGAUAAUUCAGUUUGUGCAUGUCAAGCGACUCCAAAUAAUCUUAUAUUAUUGGAAAUUCUUCCUAUGUCUACAUUAUCUGAUUCAUCAGCUUUAUCUACUACAUCUGAAUCAUUAACUAUUUCGAUGCCUACUACAUCCAAAUCAUUAACUGCCUCGAUGUCUGUUACAUCCAAAUCAACUACUCUGAUGCCUACAUUUAAGUCAAAGCCACAGGAAUGAAAAAGUCUGGAAGAAUAUAGUUAAAGAGUUGGAAAAUGUCGGUUUCACUGGAUAUACUUGGAAACAAGCUGAAGACAAAUGGAAAAAUAUACGGAAAGGAUACAUGAAAGUAAAGGAUAAUAUGGGGGAUAAAAGCAGUGGUGCAGCGAGAGUGACAUGUAAAUUUUAUGACGAACUUGACGAAAUUUUAAGAAAGAGUCCAAGUGU